GUGUUAUCACGUGCUCUUGAAGGCACUGCCCCUUAGCGGAAGUACAAAGUGCAUCAUACCGGAAGUCCCGAGUAAGGAGCGGCCCUGAACUCAACAUUUUUAGGCACUGAUAUACACUUCCUGCUGUAGUUUCAUCCGCCCUUUCUCCCGAGACAUCCAUCGGAGCCAGCAGAAUAUCCUGCAGUCAUGUCGUACGGAAGGACAGAGCAGCGCGUCCCACCAAAAGACUUCAUCAGCCUCAUUCAGACAUGCAGCUCCAACAUUCAAAAGAUCACACAGAACACGGCUCAAAUCAAGAGCAUGGUAAACCAACUGGGAACAAAUCAAGACACCAGUGAACUGCGUGAGAGACUUCAGCAGGUGCAGCACUACACAAACCAGCUGGCCAAAGAGACCAACAAACACUUGAAAGACCUUGGCGUACUCUCUCUACCUGUCUCCCUGUCUGAACAGAGACAGCAGAAAAUCCAGAAGGACCGGCUGAUGAAUGAUUUCUCCGCUGCUCUCAACAACUUCCAAGCAGUGCAGCGUCGAGCCGCAGAGAAAGAGAAGGAGUCGGUGGCCAGAGCCCGAGCAGGGUCUCGCCUCUCUGCUGAAGAUGGAGGUCAUGAGGAGCAGCUCGUCUCCUUUGAUAAUAAUGAUGACUGGGCUAAGACCACCAUUCAGACAGAAGAUGUGGCCAUAACAGAGGAGGACCUGGAGCUCAUUAAAGAAAGAGAAACUGCCAUUCGACAACUUGAGUCAGACAUUUUGGAUGUGAAUCAGAUUUUCAAGGAUCUCGCUGUGAUGAUCCAUGAUCAGGGUGAAAUGAUAGAUAGCAUAGAGGCUAAUGUGGAAAGUGCAGAAGUGCAUGUGGAGAGAGGAGCUGAGCAACUACAGAGAGCAGCUCAGUAUCAGCAAAAGUCUCGUAAGAAGAUGUGUAUCCUGGCAGUGGUCCUUUCCGUAGUGAUCGUCAUCAUCAGCAUUGUUAUCUGGCAGUAUUCCAAAUGAAGAUCCUUCCUCUACCCUUCCCCUUUUUCUCAUUUCUUUAAUUUAUUUUCUUGCUUGCAAAUCCAAUGCCAUCCACAUGUGAAGGGAGGUCAAUGGCUCAGCAGCACCUGUAGGUCCAUCUCUGUAGGUUUGCAGGGUUAGAUGCAGUAUGAACUGGCUAAAGCGAAUGUAACAUUCCCUAGCCUCUCUCCUCCGGCCCUUUAGUUCGUAAUGAAGAAGGAAUUAGCUCACGGAUGUGGUGGAAGAAAAAAAAAAGUGAUAUAAGAUUACAUUUAGAUUCUUGUGAUACAUUUCUAGCACUAACACUACUUUACAUUUCUUAAUAAAACCAGGUUAUUUCAUUUUGAGAUAAGGUGUAAAAUGGCAUCUAAUGACUGAGUUGUUUGUUUUACAUCUUACUGUAAUAUAAUUUGGGCUUUAGAUGUCUUGUAUAAUGUACAUUUCAAAUAUGUCAAACUUCUCAAGUCACUCCAAAGGUUAACAGCAAAUUGCUUAGAUGAGCUGCAGAAUUAAUCGUGCAUUGUUGUUGAUACCAGUGAUAAAAGUAGACCAGAAGAAUUGCAAGUAUGAAGCAGCAAUGAUACCUAAAGCUCAAACAUCUCUGAACUUCAGUUUCAAUACUGUUACUGGUGUGAAAGCAUAGGUUUAUUAUAUAGGUCUAUUAAUCAUAUAGCUGUAAAUGUGUUGUAUAAGCACUUGUAAUCAAUAUUAUGGCUGAAACAAAUUUGUAUAUUUCAACAUGAAAAGUCUGCACAGUACAUUAAAAUUAUGUAAAAAGAAUUGCACUCAUACUUUUAGAACAUGCAAAAAUGAAUGUCUUUUUUCUUUUAAACAAAAUGAUUUAUAUGACUGCUAUGAGUACAUGAGUAAAGAAACAUGUCUUAAUCAA